UUGCUUCCACUCACACACUAUAAAUAACCACUCCUUCAUUUCUUUCAAUUUCUAAGCUUAAUUAUAAUCUUCAUUUUAUAAGCUUGAUUAUAAUUCUGUUUAAGGGUAUACGAGUGAUGGGAAAAUGGAGAAUUGAGGACGAAAUUGGAGUGAAAAAAGGUCCAUGGAUGCCGGAAGAAGAUAAAAAGUUGGUGGACUACAUUCAGAAACACGGCCAUGGAAGCUGGAGAGCACUUCCAAAAGUUGCGGGACUGAAUAGAUGUGGCAAAAGUUGCAGACUUCGAUGGACUAAUUAUCUCAGACCUGAUAUUAAGAGAGGCAAAUUCUCUGAAGAAGAAGAACAGAUCAUCAUCAACCUCCAUGCAAUUCUUGGAAAUAAGUGGUCUGCGAUAGCACAAAAUCUGCCGGGAAGAACAGAUAAUGAAAUAAAGAAUUUUUGGAAUACUCAUUUAAAGAAAAAGCUUCUACAAAUGGGAAUUGACCCGAUCACUCACAGGCCAAGAACUGAUCACUUCAAUAUCCUAGCAAACUUACCACAACUGCUUGCUGCUGCUCAUAACUUCACCAAUCUUAUGAAUAUUCCUUGGGAUCCUGCAGAGCUUGCAAAAUUCCAGUUACUCAACAAUAUUCUGCAAAUCCUGAACAGUAAUAAUAAUAUUAAUAAUCCGAUUCCAAACUUGGAAUUUUCUGACCAUCAACUUCAUGAAUAUCUCAGAAUUAAUAACUCUGAUUUAUUUCUUGGCCAACCUGCUAAUUUUCUACCCAAUAUUCCAAGCUUAGAAGCUUUUCAAACUCAGCCACCAUUGUUAAGAACUGGCAGCAACAGCAACACAAACAGCAGUAGUUAUGAUCAGAUGAUUUCCUCAGACCAACUUCCUCCGUUGGUUUGUGAUGAUAAUAUUGAUGAUAUUUGUCGAAUAAAUAUGGACCGAUCAGCGGAAACCGAGACGAACCGGAAAGAUGUAAUUUCCAACCCAUCUUCUACCUCAACCACUUUUGAAGCUUGGGGAGAUUUUAUGGAUGAUGACUGGAAAGAUUUAAUUGACCAAGCAUCUUCUCAGCCGUGGCCAACAUCGGAGUAGAAUGGCGGCUACUGGAAAAUACAAGUACAUUAGGAGCUAUAGCUAAUAAUAAUUUAUUUUAUUUAUUUUCUUCUUUUAUAUUUUAGUGUGGAUUACAUGCAUAAUAAAUAUUCAAAUAAUGCAAUAUAUAAUUUGUGUGUAAAUUAGAUCAAUACCACAAAACUAGAUUGUUCAUUGUAAGUUUUUAUAAUGAUUUUUUCACAUUUGGUUACACUAUAAUUUA